AUGUCCAUCGACUACCUGCUCCACGAGAGCCCCGUCGGCUAUGCGGUCUUCAAGGUCAUCCUCCAGCCCGACACCAUUGGCAACCGCCUGGCCGAGGUGCAGAAAGCUGUGCAGGACCUCGACAAGUUCGGCAAGACGGUAGAGCUUGUCGGCCUCGCGCCGUUCCAGGGCACCCAGGAUGCGCUGCAGGAGAUCAACGACAUCAGCGAGGGCAUCCUGUCCGACUUCCUGCGCGCCACCCUCGAGACAAACCUGCCCAAGGCCGGCAAGAAGAAGACAGUCACGCUCGGCAUCAGCGAGAGGAACCUGGCCGGAAGCAUCAAGGCCGCCUUCCCCAACCUCUCCUGCGAGACCAGCGACACGUCCGAGGUCGUCGCCGACCUGCUGCGUGGCCUGCGCCAGCACUCAGGCAAGCUGAUCAAGAAGCUGCAGCCCGGCGACAUCGACAGGUCCAUCCUCGGUCUCGGCCACGCCUACUCGCGCGCCAAGGUCAAGUUCAGCGUCCAGAAGCAGGACAACCACAUCAUCCAGGCCAUUGCAACCCUCGACCAGAUCGAUAAGGAUCUCAACCAGUUCUGCAUGCGCCUGCGCGAAAACUACGGAUGGCACUUCCCCGAGCUCUCCAAGAUCGUCUCCAACAACGACCAGUACGCAAAGCUUGUGCUCGCAAUUGGCGACAAGUCGCGCCUCACUGAGGACGACCUCCAUGACCUUGCUGCUGUUGUGGACGAUGACGAGGGAGUUGCACAGGCCAUCGUCAAGGCUGCCCGCACAUCCAUGGGUCGCGACCUGUCUGAAGCCGACAUGGAGAUCGUCAUGGCAUUUGCCAAGCGCACAGCAUCUCUGGCUGCCUACCGAAAACAGCUCUCCAACUAUCUCGGAAGCAGGAUGAACCAGGUUGCUCCCAACUUGGCCGCCCUCAUCGGCGAUACUGUCGGAGCCCGCCUCAUCUCCAAGGCUGGUUCGUUGACCAACUUGUCCAAGUACCCUGCUUCGACUGUGCAGAUCCUCGGUGCCGAGAAAGCACUUUUCCGAGCGCUGAAGACCAAGGGUAACACCCCAAAGUACGGUCUUAUCUACCACUCGUCAUUCAUUGGCAGAACUGGUACCAAGUCCAAGGGCAGGAUAUCGCGUUUCCUUGCCAACAAGUGCUCCAUUGCAUCAAGAAUCGAUAACUUCUCGGAUACACCGACCUCCAAGUUUGGUGAAGCUCUCAAGCGCCAGGUCGACGAGCGCAUCGAGUUCUACGCCUCCGGUGCGCCACCAGCGAAGAACGCCGCAGUCAUGCAGGCUGCCAUGAACUCGGUCUUAGCAGACAUUGGCGUCGAGGAUCCCACUGCCACCGCCACUGAGGACGUUGAGAUGGCCGAUGGUGUUACCUCUGCUGCUACAGAGCAAGCUGUCCGCAAAGAAAAGAAAGACAAGAAGAAGGACAAGAAAUCGAAGACUGCCGACCAAGAUGUUUCAGAGAAAAAGUCGAAGAAGGACAAGAAGCGGAAACAUGCCGACGAGGAAGAGGUAUCGGAGAAGAAGUCCAAGAAGAAGAGCAAGGCGUAA